GACGCUGUUGCAACUGUAACAGCUCGCAGCUCGGCGGAAGACUUUCAAAGUCACUUCUGAACUUUGAAGGGACAAGCUAGGACGCGCGGUGCGUCUCUCCUCCAGCUGGCUCGUUGCACGGUUGCCUCUCACAAGGGCAUCUGGAGACCGCCAUUUCUUUGCACGCAUAAAGAGCUCUUGCAUCUCCUUAGUGCGGAUCCAGUUUUUCCUCUUCACGCGUCUGGCCUGCUUUGCAUCUGAAUCGAAAAGCAGGAAGCGCUCUCUCUUGAAGCGGCAAUCAUGUCGUCGCAGUACGUGCCAAAAACCGUGUUGAUCACUGGGGCAGCGGGGUUCAUCGCUUCCCAUGUUGCAAACAGGCUGGUCCGCAAGUACCCGGACUACAAGAUCAUUGUCCUAGACAAGUUGGACUACUGCUCUGACAUCAAGAAUCUAAAUCCCUCUCGAGGAAAGCCAAACUUCAAGUUUAUCAAGGGAGACAUCGGCAGCGCCGAUCUGGUCAACUAUGUUCUCAUGUCAGAGAACGUGGAUACCAUCAUGCAUUUUGCUGCACAGACGCACGUCGACAACUCCUUUGGAAACUCCUUCACCUUCACGCAGAACAACAUCUACGGCACUCAUGUUCUUCUCGAGUCUUGCAAGCAGCUUGGAACCAUCAAACGGUUCAUCCACGUGAGCACGGAUGAGGUUUAUGGCGAGACUGAAGCAGAUGCUCAGGUUGGCAACCACGAAGCUUCUCAGCUCCUUCCAACCAACCCCUAUUCUGCUACUAAGGCCGGCGCUGAGAUGCUUGUCAUGGCUUAUGGCCAUAGCUACAAACUUCCCUUCAUCACCACCCGGGGUAACAACGUGUAUGGUCCCAAUCAGUUCCCUGAGAAGCUCAUUCCCAAGUUCCUCCUCCUGGCCAUGGCUGGCAAGCCGCUGCCAAUCCACGGAGAUGGCUGCAACGUGCGCAGCUACCUGUAUUGCGAGGAUGUUGCUGAGGCUUUUGAGUGCAUCCUCCACAAGGGUGAGAUUGGCCAUGUGUACAACAUCGGUACACAGAAGGAGCGCCGGGUGAAGGAUGUCGCUGGAGACAUCUGCAAUUUGGUGGGCGUGGAUUCGGAGAAGGUGGUUCACUUCGUGGAGAACCGGCCUUUCAAUGAUCAGCGGUACUUCCUGGACGACAAGAAGUUGAAGCAGCUAGGCUGGGAGGAGCGCACCUCGUGGAAGGAUGGCCUCCAGAAGACCAUGGAGUGGUACCGCGACAACAAGGACUGGUGGGGUGAUGUCUCUGGGGCGCUCGUUGCCCACCCUCGCCUUGGCGCAGGCGUCGGAAGCGCCUCCAGCAAGGACCUCAAGCUGGCCGUUGGAGUCGAGGAGGAGGAGAAGGCGGCCGGUGCCAGCAGCCCGCCCCCGACCACGACUCCCAAAAUGGUGCACCCUUCCAUCACGCCCAUCAGCGCCAAGGACAGCAACAAGCACCUCAAGUUCCUGAUCUACGGCAGGACCGGCUGGAUUGGUGGCCUCCUCGGCAAGAUGUGCGCAGAGUUGGGGAUCGACUACGAGUAUGGCGCCAACAGACUGGAGGACCGGAGGGGAGUCGAGGAGGACAUUGAGCGCGUGAAGCCGACGCACGUUUUCAACGCCGCUGGGGUCACUGGCCGGCCAAACGUCGACUGGUGCGAGACGCACAGACCCGAGACCAUCAGGGCCAACGUCGUUGGGGUGCUGACGCUCGCCGAUGUCACGCGAGAGCACAACCUCAACCUGGUGAAUUAUGCCACCGGGUGCAUCUUCGAGUACGACGACAAGCAUCCCGAGGGCAGCGGCAUCGGCUUCAAGGAGGAGGAUUUCGCCAACUUCCGGGGCAGCUUCUACUCCAACACCAAGGCCAUGGUGGAGGAGCUCCUGCGUGAGUACGACAACGUGUGCACGCUGCGCGUCCGGAUGCCCAUCAGCAUCGACCUCGCCAACCCCCGCAACUUCAUCACCAAGAUCGCGCGCUACGAGAAGGUCGUCAACAUCCCCAACAGCAUGACUGUCCUGGACGAGCUCCUCCCGCUCUCCAUCGAGAUGGCCAAGCGUGGCCUGACUGGCAUCUGGAAUUUCACCAACCCUGGCGUCAUCAGCCACAACGAGGUGCUCCAGCUCUACAAGGAGUUCAUCAAGCCCGACUUCUCCUGGAAGAACUUCACCCUCGAGGAGCAGGCCAAGGUCAUCGUGGCUGCCCGGAGCAACAACGAGUUGGACAUGUCCAAGAUGAAGAAGGAGUUCCCCAGCCUCCUCGGGAUCAAGGAGUCCCUGGUCAAGUACGUCUUCGAGCCCAACAAGAAGGCCCUUGAAGCGCAGAAGGCCAAUGGAGGAUCUCUGAACGUCGUCCCGCCUCCCACUCCUGACUUCAGCCGCAAGUAGAUAACGGCUAACUCAGCCCAAGUAACUACUAGUAGCGCUGACAUACUGCAGAUUCCAAACCGUAUCCGGGAACGGUGCCCUUGUGGCUUUCAUGGUUCGUUCUAGGACUGUGUACGAGAACCUUGUGGCUUUUAGGGUUCGUUCUAGGACUGUGUACGAGGUGACAGACAGGCUCUAGGCUACUUCUGCAGUAUAUCCUGGUUCCAUCACAAGCUAGUCAAUGUAGAAAUAAGCGACGUGCGACCAUUAGUAUGUGGUCGUAUUUAUGCUAGAAAGUUUACAGAACCGUCCAUUACGUAAAGCGCUGCCAAGAGUCUGGAUCCACCAGUAUCCGCUAAACCGAGUUUGAUCUUGAUCGUUCGUACGAGCUCCAUGACAUGUAGUUGAGGUGUAUCAAUAUUGGCCGGGUGUGGUCAUUAUGAUGCAUUGCAUGCGAGAAAAAUGAUCGUACGCACCAGCUUCGGAUUUCUACAUGUACGUGGUUAGUGGCA